GGACACCGGAAAAUACCCUGGACUCGUGUGGGAGAACGACGAGAAGAGCAUCUUUCGGAUUCCGUGGAAGCACGCGGGGAAGCAGGACUACAACAGGGAUGAGGAUGCUGCGCUCUUCAAGGCUUGGGCACUAUUCAAAGGAAAGUUCCGGGAGGGGAUCGAUAAACCUGACCCACCAACUUGGAAAACGCGUCUUCGGUGUGCUCUUAACAAGAGCAAUGACUUUGAGGAAAUUGUGGAACGCAGUCAACUUGACAUAUCGGACCCCUAUAAAGUGUAUAGGAUUAUUCCGGAAGGAUCCAAAAAAAGGUUCCAGAUCUAUUGAUGAUUCACAGUCCAAUUCAAACUCACCUAGUUAUCCAAUACACCCACCUUAUGCACCAGCACCUUCUCAGGUGUGCAACUACAUUUCUCCAGCAGAGAGAGGAUGGAGGGAUUACCCCACCCUGUCUGAGAUCCCUUACAGUCAGAGCCCCUACACUCCACGCUGGGACCCUGGGUACCAGUUCAGUGGCUCCUUCUUCAGUUGCAAUACAUCUGAUCCACAGCCGUCACCCUUCACCCUGGACACCAGCAUGAGAUCCGCUGAGGCUCUGGCCCUCUCAGAUUACCGCUUAAAUGUGAUGGUGUUUUACCGGGAUGCCCUGGUGCGAGAGGUAACAGUGAAUAAUCCAGAUGGCUGUCAGCUAGGCCCUAGCAGAGAGGGACAGGCCUUCGCUUCACCUGAGACUCCAGAACUGGUUGAACUCCCUCACGCCGAAAGGGCAUCUCUGGAGCGGGGUGUUAUACUCUGGAUGGCUCCUGACGGGCUCUACGCCCGCCGCCGCUGCCCCUGCAGGGUGUACUGGGAGGGAGCUCACGCUCCACCUACUGACAAACCCAACAAGCUGGAGAGAGAGCAGAACUGCAAACUGCUGGACACUCAUCUGUUCAUAACAGAGUUGCAGAGUUACGCCCUGCACGCUCGUCCUGCGCCAUGUUCCCAAGUGCUGCUAUUCUUUGAGGAUGAGAGUGCUGAAGCGCAAAGGCCUAGAAGGACAUUCACAGUCCAGGUUGAGCCACUGUUUGCUCGCCAGCUUCUCUACCUCAGUCACCCAAGCAGCAUGAACUACAUCCGCAGCCAUGAGCUUUCACACCUUCCCCCUGAGCACGCCAUCUCCCCGACCCAAGAUUACCACAGAGUCGUUACGCAUCACCAUAACAACGCCUCUCAAAAUUGACCCUGGAGGCUAAAUCCCGGAUUACAGGGAGAGUUCACCUAAAAAUGAAGAUUCUGUCAUAAUUGAUUUACUCUCAUGUUGUUCCAGACUUGUAUGACUUUCUUUCUUGGACAACAUUGGAGCGCACUGACUUCAAUUGUAUGGACUAGAAAACAUUUCACAAAUUAUCUGCUUUCAGAAAGUCAUACACGUUUACAAUGUGAAUAAUGACAGAAUUUUCAUUUUUUUUAACGAACUAUCCCGUUAUUUUCACAUUUGUAAUUUUUAAAGGAGGUUAACGCCACACGGUUAAGGCGUUCUGCUUAUCAACAGAUAACGGACAAGAAGUUAUUACGGUAAAAUAGCUUGCAGGCUCACCAAGUGCCGUACUUGUCCAAUCAAUAUGCAAACAAGAAUGUUAACCCAGGGCAAUCUUGAAACUUGACAACCCAGGACUAAUUACUAACCCGGGAUGAAGGUUGAACAGUGUGAAAUAUGGAAGAAUUGUAAAAAGGCCACAAGUUCUGUAAGCUAAAGUGUAAAAGGCAAAUGUUGGAAUUCUACGGUGCACCUGGAGCUUCGAGACUCAAGGAACUGAGCAGAAUCCCACCAGGAUAAUCUAUAGUGCUAACAGACAGCAUCAGUCGCAGACUGUUGUCAUGUUUAAUACUGAGAAAGAUGCUAAUCUGUGUAGAACUCACGAUGAUAAAUGAUUGUUUCUUGUCGAUUUAAUGUCAAAUAUGUGAGCUGUUUGCUGACAUAAGAAUGUAAAGUGUGAAUAGCUGUGACUGAGUGUUUCUUGCUACGUUUGUUUGAGCUGUGAUGUCUUGCAGUUAGAUAGUAAAAGCCAAAGAAUUAGGAUUUGGAUGUGUAUUGGCGAUGCAUUUAGAAGGGAAAACAAGUAUGAAAACCUUUCAGUGUUCAAAUGGCAGUUAUUUUAUAAAGCUUUCUCUGUACAAUUCUGACAAAAUGUUAUACUUUUUUAUUCCACUACUUUUGCUUUUAUAUGUCAUUGAGAUGAAUUCAUGUCACCUUUGGUUUUAAUAAAAAAAGGUGAAAAACUGA